AUGGGAGCUGAAGCAGAGUUUAGGCCUGCGAUCAUCGUGGUUGAUUUCCAGGAGGAUUUCUGUCCUCCCAGCGGCUCCCUCGCCGUCCCCCAAGGCCGCUCCAUCGCCCCAACCAUAAACUCCCUCCUCAGCCUCCCCUUCACCAUCAAAAUCGCCACCCGCGACUACCACCCCCCAAACCACGUCUCUUUCGCCUCAAACCACCCAGGCGCCACAGCCUACCAAUCCCAUCACACAAUCGUCCACCCAACAGACCCUUCCAAGAGCGACACCACGCUGCUAUGGCCCACGCACUGCGUCCAGGGCACUCCCGGCGUCGAACUCGUGCCUGAGCUAGAUGUUUCCAAGGUUGAUGCCGUCGUGGACAAGGGCAUGAAUCCGGAUGUGGAGAUGUAUUCUGCUUUUUGGGAUCCGUUCCGCGUGAGCGUGAGUGAGCUGGGUGAGAAGCUGAAGGAGAAGAGGGUGACGGAUGUUUUUGUUGUUGGGCUGGCGGCGGAUUAUUGCGUAAAGGCGACGGCGGAGUCGGCGGUGGAGGAGGGCUAUAGGACGUAUAUUGUUGAAGAGGGCACGAGGGCUGUUAAGAAGGAGGAUUGGGAGGUAGAGGGUAGAAAGGAGGUAGAGAAGAAGGGGAUCAAGAUUGUAAGUGCGGGCGGAGAUGAGAUUCAGAGGGUUAAAGAUCUGGUGGCAUAA